UGGGCAGGACUUUUCGCCCAAUCGUCAGUCUUUGUGGGCGGGACCAGAUGGACGCUCUGCCUACAUCAUCACCAUCAUCAUCAUCUCGUCCAUGGACUGACUUGUUUGUUGUCGAGCAAGAUGGAGUUCCUUUUAGGGAAUCCCUACAGUACCCCUGUGGGUCACUGUAUUGAAAGAGCCACUGAUGGCUCCUUGCAAAGUGAAGACUGGACUCUCAAUAUGGAAAUAUGUGACAUUAUUAAUGAAACCGAGGAUGGGCCAAAAGAUGCUAUUAGAGCGGUGAAGAAAAGAUUGAAUGGCAAUAGGAACUAUCGUGAAGUGAUGUUGGCUUUAACGGUCUUGGAGACAUGCGUGAAAAACUGCGGCCAUCGCUUUCAUGCCCUGGUCACAAGUAGAGAUUUUGUCGAUGGUGUACUUGUAAAAAUCAUCUCUCCUAAAAACAACCCACCUACCAUUGUUCAAGAUAAAGUACUUGCCCUCAUUCAGGCUUGGGCAGAUGCAUUCAGGAGCAGUCCAGAUCUCACCGGGGUGGUCCAGGUGUAUGAAGAAUUGAAAAGAAAAGGCAUUGAAUUUCCAACGUCAGAACUGGAGACCUUGUCACCGAUACACACACCUCAGCGAUCAGCAACUGCUCCAGAAGGAGACUCCACUCUUUUUCAAUACACCACAACGCCACAGCCUGCCCCCAAUGUGGUUCCACCUGCCUAUACCACCCCGCAGGUCCCUAAUCUCGCUGCAUCUGGGUCCAUUAAUCCAACUCCUGAACAGAUCUGCCAGUUGCGCAGCGAGUUGGACGUUGUGCGUGGAAACACCAAGGUCAUGUCCGAGAUGUUAACCGAGAUGGUGCCGGGACAGGAGGACGCAUCUGACUAUGAAUUACUGCAGGAGCUGAACAGGACUUGCAGAGCCAUGCAGCAGCGGAUAGUGGAGCUCAUUUCUUGUGUGUCCAACGAGUCGGUGACUGAGGAGCUACUGCAUGUUAAUGAUGACCUCAACAACAUUUUCUUGCGCUAUGAAAGGUAUGAGCGGUUUAGGUCAGGAAGGUCUACAAAUCAGAGUGUCAACAAUGGGGUCUUGAGUGAGGCAACAGAGGACAACCUCAUCGACCUUGGUCCUGCUUCACCAGCCGUGGUCAGCAACAUGCCCAACACUGCCCCAACAGGUGUCCCCUCCUCCCUCAAAGCAUCUGCUGGUCGGCCGUCCUCCCCGGCCACACUGGCCUCCCACUUGGCCGGUCUUGAUGUGGGCGCAGACAGUGUAAGCAGCACCUUGAGCUCACUCUCCAGUUGCCGACCCCCACCUGCCCAGGAUGAUUUUGAUGUCUUUGCCCAGACCAGGACUGGUGCACUGCCUGAACCAAAUAAGACCAUUACAGCAGCAGAAGGUCGCGCUAAGGGUGACGGUCCCCCGACCCUGGACGUCCUCCAGCCCACUGCAGGAACGGAUGUCGGAGGCCAGUCCUCUGUCAUGGAUGACAUAGAGCAGUGGCUUAGUACUGAUGUGAAAGGAGAUGAUGGAGAAGAAGGUGUAACCAGUGAAGAGUUCGACAAGUUUCUGGAGGAGCGAGCCAAAGCUGCUGAGAGCGUCCCCGGUCUACCUGUGCCCCCUAGUGGCAACCCAGGUGGAUCGCAGGGAACUCCCAACCGGAAGAAGGCCGACCGACCUGAGGACAGUUUGUUCGCCAUGUAGAGCCGUCACUACCAAGCUGAGCGUCCCUUCCUGACAACAGACACUAAAACAUAUCCUGAUUUCCUCAUCACGUUCGUUUCUACCAACUCAUUCGUUUGGAUUUUUUUAUUCUGAUCAUUUGCUGCCCGAAUGGCACUUUUCCUUUGACUGGAAGGAGAUUUCCCCAGCUGCGCUAAACUCCCCUGUGCGGCUCACCAUGAUAUUUAUUGUAUCAAGCAUUUGCCCGCCUGCCUCCCGCGGACUCCCACAAGCAUGAAUGAACACCAAACGUCACUUUCCGUCUACAGUAACACUGUCGUUAUCAUUUUAGCGUCGCUGACCUCAAGCAGAAAACAAGGGUAAUAUAUUUGUUCGUAUGGUUGCUUUCAGUUCAAUUGUAAAUCUGUAAAUGACAAAUGUCAUGUGUGUAUAUUUAAGCUGUGUAUGUAAGAAGAUUUAUUGUAGAUUCUUUUGAAAGAAAAGGUUUUUUUUUUCUUUUAAAGAAAGAGCUCUUGUUGCAGCUGCUUAACCAACAGGGAAGACCUGCUGUAUCUCCACUCACAAGGGGAAGGAUCCUUUAUGAAACACUAAUUUAAGGAGUUGAAGAAGGGAAUUUAAGUUUCUGUGUUUGGCAUGAUUGUGUCUAGCAAACCUGUUUUUUGACCUUUUGGGUGCCGUCGUGGAUUUCCUGAUGCCGGUGUUUGAUAUUUUGGGUUAAUUAUGGUUGUUUAAUUGCCGGAAGCUGCUUAACUCCGUCUUCUGUUUGUGUAACUGAAGGUGAAUUAUAGAUAUAUUUUUGUGUUGUUGAAUGACCUGAGAGGAGGCUGUGAUAGCAAUGUAUCACUGUCCAGGUAUGUCCAACUUGCUUUUGCUGUUGUGAGAUUCUGUCAAAGGACCAAACUACCAAUGAUCCUUACGUCCAGGGCUGUUCUAGAGUCCAAGUGUUGUGACACUUUAUGUGGUGGUAUAAAGCUGUUGGCACAUCAUAGGAGUUUCCUUUUUUUUUCUUUAAAUGCUGACAGGCGCUGUGGACUUUGAAUCAUUUGUGGAAAUGAGCUCACUGCGGCCCAAGUUGACGUCACACUCUUGACUAAAGAAUCGGGCACGGAAUAUCCCUGUAAAUCUGGCUGGAAAUGUAGCUGAAGUCAUCAUUUUAUAGUUGCGUCAGUGUUUUAAACGAUUUAAGGGAGAAAAUAACAGACUAUCAUUGUGUGUUUUUGUGUUUUCUACAUUGCUGCUGCCUGAAUUGUGUAACAGUUCGCCACAGAAGUCGGCAACGGCUAACAAUGUAAUCUGAGGACUGGACCUUUGCGAUGCACAUUUUCAACCCUUCAUUCAGUUCCCCACUUUUGUGUCCAUGUUGUGUUUUGUUGAAUGCAGGGGGAAAAAACUUCAAUAUUCAUGUUGUCACUGUCACGUCGAUUCUGUGCCGAAUACCCUUCUGAUGCCGGAGUAAACACUAAUAAAGAAGUCGCCAUCUCGGCUCAGUUCUGCGGAGCAACGGUGUUAAUCGCUGGAUUAUCAGGGGGAACUUUGCUGGGUGGACUCAUCUCUCGUUCUCUUGUGUUUUGUUUGCUUUCUGCAUGAUCUCCAAUAAAACAUUAGC